CCAACACGGGGGUCCCAGAUAUGUUGGUAAAUCAUCGAGGCCUUUUGGACUGAUGUGAAUCUUUUCAUGUUUGUCUUUGGAUUUUCAAACUGAUGGUUUGUGAUACCGCAGCAGCUGAUGUGGAAACUGAAGUGGAUGACUUGAUGAAGGAACUGGGGAGCUAACAGCACAUCUCAAGUCAGCCGACCCAGUCCAGAUCCAGGCCUAGUGCAACAAAAACCAGCCCUACAUCGACGCUCAGCUCCAUCUCUGGCCGUAUCGACAACAAGCUCUCUGACCUAUCUGGACCACAGCGGUCCCACGAUGGGGAAGACCGGGCAGACUACAGUGGACUUAAACUCCCCGUCAGAGGUCAAACAAGCCGUCCCCUCUGAGGACCUGGACUCCACAGCGCCCCCUGCAAAUCAAAAGAAGGAAAAAGAAGCUCCUCCUGACAGGGGAAGCUGGAAGGGGAAAUUUGACUUCCUGCUGUCAUGUGUAGGAUAUGCCAUCGGCUUAGGAAAUGUGUGGCGGUUUCCUUAUUUGUGUGGCAAAAAUGGGGGAGGAGCCUUCCUGAUCCCGUACUUUAUGACCCUGGUGUUUGCUGGGAUACCUCUGUUCUUCCUGGAAACGGCUCUGGGACAGUUCACCUCCGUGGGGGGAUUAGGGGUGUGGAGGCUCAUUCCCAUGAUGAAGGGUGUUGGUUUGGCUGCUGUUGUCCUGUCGUUCUGGCUAAACAUCUACUACAUAAUCAUAAUCGCCUGGGCUCUUUACUAUUUGUUUAACUCCUUCAGCUCGGAGCUGCCCUGGCAGAGCUGUGAUAACCCCUGGAACACCGAAAACUGCUUCUCCAAUUACAGCCUGACAGACACCACCAACCUGACCAGCGCCGUCACAGAGUUCUGGGAACGCAACAUGCACCAGAUGACCGACGGUCUGGAGACGCCAGGAGAGCUGCGCUGGCCUUUGGUGGGCACCCUGGCGCUGGCCUGGGUUCUGGUCUACUUCUCCAUCUGGAAAGGGGUGGAGUGGACGGGAAAGGUUGUUUAUUUCUCCGCCACCUAUCCCUACUUCAUGCUGUUCAUCCUGUUCUUCCGCGGCGUCACGCUUCCUGGAGCCAUCGACGGCAUCCUGUUUUACAUCACUCCCGACUUCAAUAAGCUGAUUCGGUCUGAGGUGUGGCUGGACGCAGCAACUCAGAUCUUCUUUUCCUACGGAUUGGGCCUGGGCUCGCUCAUCGCGCUCGGAAGCUACAACACGUACAACAACGACGUCUACAAGGACUCUAUCAUAGUGUGCUGCAUUAACUCGUGUACAAGCAUGUUUGCUGGGUUUGUUAUCUUCUCUAUUGUAGGAUUCAUGUCCUACAUCACAAAGAAACCAGUGCAGGAACUGGCAGCGUCGGGUCCGGGUUUGGCAUUUCUUGCCUAUCCUCAGGCUGUGACCCAGCUUCCCAUGUCUUCCCUCUGGGCCAUCCUCUUCUUCUCCAUGCUCAUGAUGCUCGGCUUGGACAGCCAGUUUUGCACAGUUGAAGGAUUCAUCACAGCCCUCAUGGAUGAGUAUCCCUUGGUGUUGAGGAAGAGGAAGAAGCUCUUCAUCCUCAUCGUUUGUUUCAUCUCCUUCAUCAUUGGCUUCUCCAAUAUCACUCAGGGCGGUCUGUAUGUCUUCAAGAUGUUUGACUACUACUCUGCCAGUGGGAUGUGUCUCCUCUUCCUUGUCUUCUUUGAAACCAUUUCCAUAUCCUGGUUUUACGGAGCUGAACGAUUUUACAAAAACAUUGAGGACAUGAUUGGUUAUCGGCCGUGUGUCUGGUGGAAGCUUUGCUGGCGCUUCUUCACGCCUCUGAUCUGCCUGGGGGUCUUCACCUUCAGCGCCUUUGAAAUGACCCCCCUGACGUUGGGGAAGUAUGUGUAUCCACUGUGGGGUCAAGCGAUUGGAUGGUUUAUGGCUUUGUCUUCAAUGAUCCUCAUCCCAGGUUACGUGAUCUACAUGUUCUGCACUACCAAAGGCAGCAUCAAACAGCGUUGGCAGAAGAUGACAACUACCCAGGAGGAUGAGAAGCCAUCGGGGCUGGAAGAAUUCACACACACAGGAAGCCUGGGGGAAGCUCCUGUGUAGCCAGGACUGCAUUCUGACUGCCAGGACUUAAUGUGAUCUCUGCUGAAAUGUAAAAAAACAAAACAAAAAACAAAAGACAGGGCAACAGAAAUCUCUGGAGGGGAAGCACUUCACUUGCUCGACUCCAACCCACUUUGUGCUGGAAACCUUUUUCGACAUGUAGUGGACAUUUGCAUUUAGAAGUAAAGACUGAAGACAAAUUGACAAUUUAUUUAUGAAGGAAACUGUGUGCAUAACCUGCACGUACCCUGUUAUUGGCUACAAUAAUGUAUUAUACUGGGGUUUUAUGGGAUUAAAAAAACACACACAAAGUAGCACAUCAUUAUGACGUAGAAUAAAAAUUACUAAAGGUUUAAAUUUUUUUUAUGAAUCAAAAAUAGGAAAGUAUGACAUACAUUUGCAUUAAGGCCCUGCUACUGUGAUACCUCUAAAUAAAAUUUUGUGAAACCAA